AUGAGAAGGAAUGAGCAGGAUGCUCUUAUAUACCCUCAGCCAUGGGCGACAGAGAAGCACAAAGAAGAGGAGCGGGACGACUUCCAGAAAGAGGCAGAUGGGCUCAAGAUCCAAGCGACACCCCAUCAGAGAGACACCACAACACCCUAUGUCUCCAUGUAA